UGAGCUAAUUUCCCGCCCCUUCUCACUCAGCCUUUAAGCUACAGAUAUCAGUGUAUCCCUUUUGAUCAUUACAUCUAGGGUUUACAAAAUUGAAGAAGAUGAAACGGAUUCGCAAGCAGAAGAAGACUGAAAUUCCGAAGCUGAUUUUAGAGGAGAUAGUCGGUUUCACAACUGAGAAUGCGAAUGGACUGGCUUCUGGAGUUUCGAAUUCGAAAUGUGUGUAUAUUGCAGGCUGUGUUGCGGUGGUUUAUGACGUCUAUUCAUCCACGCAGUCGCAUUUAGUUGUGUCCAAUCGAUUGCCGAAGCCGUUGAGCUGUGUUGCGGUUUCGUGUGACGGACUUUUUAUUGCUGCUGGAGAGUCAGGACCUCAUCCUGCUGUAGUGAUAUGGGAAGCAGCAAGUUUGGCCAUGAAAUACGAAUUGAAGAGUCAUCAACACGGCAUAGCAUGCAUUGCCUUUUCACCUGAUGGCAAACACCUUGCUUCUGUUGGAUAUCCUCAUGAUGGAUAUAUUUGCCUCUGGGAUUUUCAAAAUCAGACUUUAAUUACAAAAUGCAAGGGGUGCACACCAAGUUCCGCAAUUGCAUCUGUUAGCUUCUCAUCAGAUGGAAGAUUCUUUAGCACCGCAGGAAAGAAGCACCUGAAGUUCUGGAAAUUGGGAUUUUCUACCAGAUCUCGUAUGAUAGGUAGAACAGCAUCAGGUGCAAUUGGAAAACAAGCUAAUCUUGGUCAUUAUAAAGGAUGCUCUUUCAUAGCUGUUGCGUCUCCUAUGUGGAGUCAGAGUAGUCUCCUUGAUCAUAUUCAAACUGGUGAAGAUUCGCAUGUUUAUGCACUGACAGAUGCAGGGGUUUUGUGCCAUCUUAACUCAGAGAUGACUAUUGCAAAUUCUGUUGAAUUACAGGUUGAGAAAGGCUUUGGACUAUCUGUAUCCAGAAAGUUGGUUGCUUGCGCAUGCAAUAAUGGACAAGUCAAACUUCUUUUUGCGAACUCUCUUGCAUAUGCUGGAAGCUUAUGCUAUCCUGAAACCAGACACAGUAAAGGAAGUGUUGCAGACUGCCAUGUAGUGAUUGGAAAAAAUGGACAUGAGCAGUUGCAGAGUCUACCUAAUGCAAUUGCUUGUCAAUUUUCAACAUUGCAAAAACUUGUUGUGAUAUAUGAUGACCACAGCCUUUUCAUAUGGGAUGUUCAGGAUGUUGACAAGGCCAGCAGGUGCUCUGUGCUAGUUUCACAUAGUGCUUGCAUAUGGAACAUCAAGAAUUUCUCAUGCGAACACAUGCAUGACCCCUCCAAAGCAUGCGUUGCUAAAGGAUGUUCUGGUGGAGUUUCCUUUGCAACAUGCUCUGCUGAUGGCAGUAUCAGGUUGUGGGAUCUUGAACUACAAUCUAGUAGCUUGCCUCUUCCAACAGAAGACAAAUCUAUGAGUACCCUUUCAGCAGGUUCUACGCAUUUAGAGAGGACUGGUGUUUUUGAACGUGAUUCUCUGGUAUCAGGCUUUGCCUCUACUGGUUAUCGUUCAAUGGCAGUCAGUUCAGAUGGAAUGUAUCUAGGAGCUGGUGAUUUCCUUGGAAACCUUCAUUUAUUCAAUCUACACACAACUGAUUAUAUGUGCAUCCAGGGUGCUCAUGAUGGCGAAAUUCUAUCACUGAGUUUCAGUUCGCAAAGCAUUGAUGCUCCUGCUGAUACAUUUCCACACAGCCAUUAUGUUCUUGCCUCAGGGGGAAAGGAUGGCAUGAUUCAUCUCUAUGAUGUUCAAAGGAACUUUGACCUCAUCGGAAGUUUUCGUGAUCAUUCUGCUCCUGUGACCUGCGUCAAAUGUGCUUGCAGUGGCACUAAGAUUAUAAGUUGUAACGCGGAUAGGUCUCUGGUUUUUUGUGAUGUUUCUAUGAUCGAUUCAGCAUACAAAAUAUCUUGCUAUCAUAGAGUCUUACCGGGAGUUGUAUAUGACAUGGCAGUUGAUGGUUCCACUGAGAUUGCUGUCACUGUGGGGCAGGAUAAGAAGAUUAACACAUUCAGCAUUCCUUCUGGGAAGUUAAUCAGGUCAUUUAAGCAUAUUGGAGGGGAUCCUGUAAAGGUAUCUGUGGAUCCCAGCUCUAGUUAUCUGGUUUGCUCAGACUCUUUUAAGAUUCUCUGCUUAUAUGACAUUAUGGCUGGGGAUAUGGUCGCACAAGCAGUGGGGCAUGGUGAUGUUAUAACUGGUGUCAUCUUUUUACCUGACUGCAAGCAUCUCGUUUCUGUAAGUAGUGAUGGUUGUAUCUUUGUUUGGAAAGUCCCUGGUUAUUUAUCAUUAAGGAUGCUGAGGAAAAUUAAGGAAAAUGCUUGUCCGCUAUCCCCAGAAAAAUUUGCUGCUCCGGAAACUUCAGGUCAAAUCAAACUUCAUGUGGUUAAUCAUCAUCAACCAGAAGGCAUAUCUAUGACCCCAAAACUCUUCCAAGUAAAUCAGAGAGUACUCUGUCGAGAAAUGAGUUCACCAGCGACAGCAUUUAAAUUCAGUAUUUCAAGACUCCCAAAGUGGGCACAAGCUAAAGUUACUAACCUUCAUUCCUUGAUGACUGACCCUAAUUCUUCAUCCUCCAAGACUGGAAAAACUGGAUCAACCGGUACGCAGAGACCAGCUUGUGAAACUGUCCAUGUGUAUGAAGAGGCACUACAUAAUUUGGAUGCUGCUGCUGAGAAAGCAAUGCAGUUAUUUUCUAAAUUAGCAAAUCAGCAUGCGAGAAUAGAGAAAUCAAGGGAGCAUGAAAAUCAGUUAUUGGCCAAGGCAGCAGAAAUGCUUGUGCCAAUAGCAAAUAAAAUCCAUGCUACUGCCAAAUUGGCACAAUCCGCCAACACUGGUUCGAAUGGGAAUGCCAAAAUGGAUAUUUCAACCAAUGAAAUUUGAGGUUAUUACAAAAACUGAUCCACAUCAACUAGUCAAGCUGAAGGGUUGCCACUAGCUUGUUUUACUAAGAACACUUGGCCUUGCUUUCAGAUUUGGAGAACACAAACCCAUCUCAAGGUGGCAUUGCUUCUCAUGGCUGUCUUAACACAGGAAAAAUCUAUUUUGUGCUAUAGAUGGCAUUUAUGCGGUAACUGUCAGCCAGCCACUUCUUUACAUAUUGCAAUGUGACUGCUCAACUUUGGGAAAUAUUUUGAACAUGCUGGUUUGAAGUGGGUAAAGCCUAAGACUACAACCAAAUUACUUCUCUGCUGGAAUAAAAACAAAGAGGAAGUGAGGAACCUAAGAUGUUUCAAAGAUAGCAAGUUCUACUCAACAGAUCAAAUACAAGAUUAGGUAGGUACAUCAUAUUCUCCUCUGAUCCCAUUUAAAUCACAUGUAUGUUAUUGUUGUUCACUUGUACAUAAAGUGUCAAAAUUAACCCAAAACCACCCCUUCGACUCGCCCAAACCUAUCCUAUAUUUGAAGGGUUGGGCAAUGGAAUAAAAUUCUGAUGGGUUGAUUUUGGACAACUCGUGAAAUGAAGUAGCCCGAGUUCAACCCAUCAAUGUGUGCAAAACCCAACCUGUCAAUAAGUAUUCUCCACGUUGAAGCAUUUCCAGUUUCGUGUUGCAUAUAAUAUAUUAUGGUUUGUUCAGUUAGUCCUGUCCAAUUUAAUCCAUUCUGAUUACUGAGUUUCUUCCCCUUGUAUUUCUGGUUGUUAAUUCAUCUUCUGUUUCAUGUAUUCUAAUUUGGUUUUCGAUAUUA